UCGUCGCACAUAGGUAGAUCUGCAAUAGGAGUGGCGAGUGAUUACAAAGUUCCUUUAAUUUUUUUAGAAUAAUAGAAAUAUUAACGGAAUUGUUUUAUUGGAGAACAUUUCCCAGUUAGUGCUUCUCAUAUAAUCUCGUAUUUGGUUCCUGUGUUUUCAUUGAGGAGCUCUUUGAAUUCAAAAAUCGUGUCAGAAUGGCGAUGCACGUACCUUCAGCGCCGGGUUUCGCGCAGAUGCUCACAGAAGGAACCCGAUUUUACUCCGGUGUGGAUGAAACAGUGCAGCGGAGUAUUGAAGCAUGUCGCUUAUUGACGCGUAUUAUCAGUACUUCGUAUGGACCUAAAGGGUUGAACAAAAUGGUGGUGACACAUCUGGGAAAAAUGUUCAUUACGAACGACGCAGCGACAAUUGUCAAAGAACUCGAGAAUGAGCACCCCGGUGUGAAGUUGGUGAUUAUGGCCUCUGAAAUGCAAGAAAAGGAAAUCGGCGAUGCCACCAACUUUACUCUGAUAUUUGCGGGAGCGCUGUUGGAUCAAGCGGAAGAGCUUCUUCGUAUGGGAAUUUCGGUCGCAGAUAUUACGGAUGGGUACGAGCUAGCUUUAAAGAAAGCCUUGGAAUUGUUAGAGACGAUCGUUUGCGGAACUGUAACGGAUUUCCGCGAUCAAAACCAAAUAAGUCGCGCCAUUAAAGCUUCCAUCACCAGCAAGCAGUAUGGAAACGAAGAUUUUUUGACCAAAUUGAUCAGCACUGCCUGCAUUUCCUUAAUGCCGGAAAAAGGCAAAUCAUUCAAUGUGGAUCGUGUCCGCACCAUUAAACUCUUGGGUUCUGGUUUGCUCUCCUCAUCAGUGAUGAAUGGAAUGGUUUUUAAACGUGAAACCGAAGGCGACAUCAACAAAGCAGAGAACGCCAAGGUCGUGGUUUAUGCUUGUGCCGUCGACAUCAAUCAGACGGAGACCAAGGGAACGGUUCUUAUUAAAACAGCCAAUGAAUUAUUGAACUACACUAAAGACGAGGAAGACUUGCUCGAAAAGCAAAUCAAAGCGAUUGCUGAUACGGGAGCAAAAGUUGUCGUUUCCGGAGGGAAAGUGGGUGAUUUGGCGCUGCACUUCUUGAACAAGUACAAACUCAUGGCUGUCCGCCUCACGUCCAAGUUCGACAUCCGGCGUGUGGCUAAUUCUGUUGGUGCGAUCGCCCUCACGAACCUGAUCCCUCCGACAGCCGAUGACAUGGGACAUUGCGAUAAAGUGUAUCUGGACGAGAUCGGUGAUACAUCGGUGGUAGUGUUCCAGCAGGAAAAAAAAGAGGGCUCUAUUUCCACCAUCAUAUUGCGCGGAGCCACGGAUAACUCAAUGGACGAUGUGGAGCGAGCGAUUGAUGAUGGAGUUAAUAACUUUAAAGUCUUAACUAAGGAUGAGCGUCUUCUUCCUGGCGCCGGAGCUACCGAAGUGGAGCUUUCUCGGCUUUUGACGCAGUUUGCGGAUACGCGUUCCGGUUUGGAGCAGUACGCUGUGAAGAAAUUCGCCCAGGCCUUAGAAGUGUUUCCCAAAAUUUUGGCGGAAAAUGCUGGCGUGAAAGCCAUGGAAAUUUUAGCGAAACUCCAUGCCGCCCAUCAAGAAGGUCUGAAGAAUGUUGGAUUUAAUAUUGAGGAGGAUGGUGAAGCCAUAAUUGACGCCGAAAAAGCUGGAAUAUUUGAUCUGUUUCUUACUAAGAGUUCAGCAAUGAGGCUAGCGGUGGGAGCAACUAAUACCCUGCUGAAAGUGAACAAGAUUGUUAUGGCGAAACCAGCCGGGGGACCCAAGCCACCCAAGACCGGUCCUCAAGAUGCUGAUGAUGAAUAAAUGACAAUAUGUUCGUUACAGCAAGGUAGUUCUCGUUCGUGUAAUCUUUUUUUACCUUUAACUAGUUCCGGCUUUAGUGUUUUAUUGUUGUUUGCGUUAAGUGCAGCAAUGAUUUGUUUUCCACUUACGGGUUUUGUAUACGUGAACUUUAUUACAAUAUAUGUUUCCUCUUCGUUAAUAUAAGAAAAGAAUUUACCGCUACCAGUA